GCCAGAUCAGUGUAUGUGUGUGUGUGUGUGUGUGGUAAGAGUCUGCGACAUGUACUGCAUGCUUUGUGCUGUAGUCCUCCUCAUCUUUCCAGUUUUGGGACAGAGGGGUGAAAGUGUUUUAGAUCCUUCAAACGGAGGUCGUGAGUUUUUUCAGGCAGCAGAUCACCAUGACUUUGCUCUUCUGCUGUCUGGCACAGAGUCACAGUGCUAUUGGCACUUUGCUCGUCAGAACGGACGCUUUUACCUAACUUACAUGGUUCAGUGGGUGUCUGGGAUGACUGCAGGCAGACACCCGGCGGUCUCUGUUUUCUCUCCUAAUGGUGUCCUCCUUUCCUACACUGAUAACACUAUGGGCCAGAUCAACUUUCAAGCAAAGGAGACCGGUUUUUACCAGAUGUGUUUUGCCAACUAUCACAACCAUUUCGGUGACAUGCGAGUCUUCCUGAACUUUGGGGUGUUCUACGAAGAGGAGGCUGAGACACAAAAGGAGAAUGAAAUAGAUGAAGAGGUUCUAAACAGCACUCUUUCCAACAUUAAGGAUAUUUCAAAUAAGAUACGGCUCCGAAUCCAGCACAUGUGGCGCUUCUAUAAUGUAGCACGGAUGCGUAGAGGGGCUGAUUACUUCUUACUUCAGUCCAAAUCCUACUACGUGAACGUCUGGUCUGUCCUCCAGAGCUUAAUCAUAAUCAUGGCUGGAUAUCUGCAGCUCUUCUUUCUCAAGAGGUUCUUCAGGACAGAAGAAAGCCAACAUCGCUGCUGAGACGAAAUUAGCUAAACCCCUGAAAGUGACUUGGUUCCUUUUUGUGUGCUCUUUGAGUUCUGAUUUGACAAUAAAAUAGGAAGGAAGUAAAAAAGAGAAAAUAUAUGGUCAAAUGUCUUCAAUAAACUCACUUGAUAUUUUGAA